UUCCUGAACAAUCAACUUUGUCUUCACAAGCUUCUGAGUUGGACCCAGGUUAUAUAUAUCUCACCCAGCUAUACUCUACGAACAAAGAACUAGUAUCAAAAAUUGUUUUACUAAAAAAAAAAGUUAAAAUAUUGAAAGAAAAACUUGAAACUUUUAAAAAACCUGGUACAAGUUCUUUGAAAUUCUUACAACAAUUAAAGGAAGCAGAGAAAGAGACCAAAAGAGUGGCCAACAAAAAGCAGUAUAAAAAUGAGAUGGCCACCCAAAAACAAAUAGCACAUGAAGCCAAGAAGAUACAAAAACAAGAAGCUCAGAAGCAAAAAAAAAAGAAGAUUGAGCAUAUGAAGGCAGAAAAGCAAUAUAAGCAGCUUGAAAAAUAG